AUGCUAGCACCAAGUCUUUCCUGGGCGGAAGCAAAACAAUUUCUUUCAAUUUUCUGGCCUCCCAAACCAACUUUCAUUCCUGCUGAAUACCCAGAUUUAGCUGGCAAAGUAGUGAUUGUUACUGGUGGUAACACUGGGGUUGGUUAUCAAACUGCUAAAUUGAUGUCUGGUGUCUGUAAUGCCAAGGUCUAUAUUCUCUCUAGAAAUGAAGCAAAAACCAAACUUGCAAUAGAUAACAUCCAAAUGGAAAUCAAACGAGAACAGAAUAAGGACGUGAAUUUACGAUUUAUUAAACUUGAUUUAAGUGAUUUACCUACGAUCAAGCAAACUGCGAACGAUUUCUUAAAAGAAGAAGAUAGACUAGAUAUUAUCAUUCAUAAUGCAGGUGUCAUGACUCCUCCCAUGGGGUCCAAAACAGCACAGGAUUAUGAUUUACAAUGGGGUACUAAUGUUCUCGGACCAUUUUUAUUGCAAAAGUUAUUGGACCCACUUUUUAUCGAAACUUCUAAGAAAAAUCCAACGAAUUUAAGCCGUGUUGUAUGGGCUUCCUCUACUGCUCAUUUAAGUGCUCCUGAUAAAGGAGGGAUCUACUGGGACGAUGUUAAUUUUGAAGAUCCUUCCAAAAAAUAUUCAAAUGGUGAAAUAUAUGGCCAAUCCAAGGCUGGUGUUAUUAUUAAUGCAAUCCAGUGGUCAAAAAGGUAUUCCAAUGAAAAUAUAGUUUCAAUAUCAUUAUGCCCUGGGGGAUUAAAAACUGACUUGCAAAGACAUUUACCAGGUUUUGUUAGGUCGGUUUUGAACUUACUUUUGUAUGAUGCAGUUUUUGGUGCAUACACCGAGAUGUUUGCAGCUGUUUCCCCUGAAGUAACAUCAGAAAAUAACAACCAUAGAAUGAUCCUAUCUUUUGGUAGAUUUGGUAUAAUAAGAAAAGAUAUUGAAGAAGGUGCGAAUGGUGAGAAUGGAGAGAAGUAUUGGAACUACGCCGAGAAACAGGUUUCAAAGUAUCUCUAA